AUCUAUGCUUCAAACAACCGUAUAACCUUUAGGACAACGUAACCUUACGCUUAUAUCAUUUUUAUUUCAAGUCUGAUCGAGAAUUUAAUAUACAAAUAUUUUAACACAACGUGUAUAACAUUUACAAGUUCUAGUGAAAAUGGAUAUUCGUCCAAACAAUACCAUUUAUAUCAAUAAUUUAAAUGAAAAAAUAAAAAAAGAGGAACUGAAAAAGUCAUUGUAUGCCAUCUUUUCUCAAUUUGGCCAAAUUUUGGAUAUUGUGGCUUUAAAAACACUUAAGAUGCGUGGACAGGCGUUUGUUAUCUUCAAGGAAAUUGCGAGUGCGACAAAUGCUUUGAGAUCUAUGCAAGGAUUUCCAUUUUAUGACAAACCAAUGAGGAUACAGUAUGCUAAAACUGACAGUGAUGUAAUAGCCAAAAUGAAGGGUACCUUUGCGGAACGUCCAAAGAAACCAAAACGAGUUAUUCCAGCGGCAGAUGAGGAAGCCAAACGUGCCAAAAAGCGUGCAAAAGAGCAGGCAAAGCAUUCGCAGCAAGUCGGAUAUCAUGCUAGUGUACCUCAACAUCCGGGACUCGUCAAUACAGCUGUUCCUGAACAACCACCAAAUCAGAUAUUAUUCUUAACAAAUCUACCAGAUGAGACGAGUGAAAUGAUGUUAUCGAUGUUGUUUAACCAAUUUCCAGGCUUUAAAGAAGUGCGGUUGGUACCUAAUCGACAUGAUAUUGCUUUUGUCGAAUUUGAAAAUGAAGUCCAAUCUGGGGCAGCAAAAGAUGCUCUUCAAGGUUUCAAAAUCACACCUUCUCAUGCAAUGAAAAUAUCAUUUGCAAAAAAAUAAAUUUGACUUUUUUUUUUAUAUUGUUUGUGUGAUAGAAUAUUAUGAUAAAAUGUAAGUAAAAUUUAUAAUCUAAAUUGCGCAUUUGUAUAAAGUGAAUGUAGCUAUUGAUAUGAGCUUUGAUCAUCUCAUUCACAAUAUUAUGCAAUGAAAAGUAUUUUGUUUAAGAAUUUAGCUUAUUUUACAGUCGAUUUUUCAAUAAGUGUUAAGCGUGUAUAUACUGUGACAGAUUCAUAAUAAGGACAUUGCAAUUAUCAAAAAAUAUAUCUAAGAAAUUAAAUAAAUUUUUGAAAUUUUG